AUGUGCUGGCUCCGCUCGGCGUACGAGCAAACCAUCGCCGACAACAACAAGCUUCUCGAUGGCGAUGAGGUCAUCGAGUUCCUCAACAGCUACUUUGGCGGCGUGCCCUCGUACUUUGCCGAACUCUUUGAGCGGGUACAGGACCCGAGCCGUCACCUCGACGAGCUCGUCGUGCCGCAGGGCAAGUACGCCGACCUCCCGCGCCACUCGCGCCGCCGCAAUCGCGAGACGAUCCCGCUCGUCGAAAAUGGCGAUUAUGUCGAUGACGACGACGGCCAUGCCCACGGCCUUGCCAACGACAACCAUGACGGGCAGGCGUAG